AUGUCGAACUUGUUCAGUCCCCUCCGUGUUGGGCGCAUGGAGCUCGCCAAUCGUAUUGCCAUGGCGCCGAUGACCCGCUUCCGCGCCGAUGACCAGCAUGUCCCGCUGCCCAUAGUCAAGGAAUACUAUGCUCAACGUGCCUCUGUGCCGGGUACUCUGCUCAUUACCGAGGCAACUUUCAUCUCUCCCCAGGCCGGCGGCUACCCCAACGUGCCUGGGAUCUACAACGAGGCCCAGAUCGCCGCCUGGAAAGAGAUCACCGAUGCCGUCCACGCCAAGGGGUCCUACAUCUACAUGCAACUCUGGGCUCUGGGCCGCGUGGCCAACCCCGACCUGCUCAAGGCCGAGGGGGGCUUUGAUGUCGUUUGUGCUAGUGCUAUCCCUGCCUCCGCCGAAGCGCCCAUGCCGCGGCCCUUGACCGAGGACGAGAUCCAAGCCUAUAUCAACGACUAUGCCCAGGCUGCCCGCAAUGCCAUCGCUGCGGGCUUUGACGGCGUGGAGAUUCACGCGGCCAAUGGCUACCUGCUCGACCAGUUCAUCCAGGACAUGAGCAACCAGCGUACAGACCGCUGGGGCGGCAGCGUCGAAAACCGCUCCCGCUUCGCCAUUGAAGUGACCCAAGCCGUCGUCGACGCCAUUGGCGCCGACCGAACUGGCAUUCGCUUCAGUCCAUACAGUACCUUUCAAGCCAUGAAGAUGGCCGACCCGUACCCUCAGUUCGAGCACCUGGCACAUGCGAUGGCCUCUUUCAAGCUGGCCUAUGUUCACUAUGUUGAGGCGCGCGUCAUUGGCAACGCCGACGGUGGGAGUAGCGAGAAGCUAGAGCCAUUCCUACAGGCCUACGGCCAGGCUGGCCCCGUGAUCAUUGCGGGCGGAUACAAGCCAGAAUCUGCCCGGGAGGCUGUUGAUCACCAGUAUCAAGGUUAUGAUGUGGUGAUUGGCUUUGGCCGUCCUUUUAUUCCAAACCCGGAUCUCGCCUUCCGACUGAAGGAGAACGUGCCGCUUGUGCCGUAUGACCGCGACACCUUCUAUCUUCCCAAGGAUCCUAAGGGAUUUAUCGAUUUCGACUUCAGCCCAGAGUUCAAGAAGGCCACCGAGGCUGCCGCUUAA